AUGUUAAGCUACCAUGGAAUGGGCUUACACUAAACAUAGGCUUAAAAAAUUAUUUGCUAUUGAUGGGCUUAAUAAAGCUCAAUAGGUUUUGGUUCUUCAUUAAUAAAUUCAUAAUGCAUGCAUAAUCUAACACUGCUAAAUUUUUACACAAAUCACUAACAAAUAAUGACGAUGUGUAUUUAUGAAUCUCUAAUCUUCUUACAUAAUUGCUAUUAUUGUCCGUAACGGAUAUGUAUAAAGAUAGAGAGGUGCAUAACGAUAGAUUAGUGCUAAUUAAUUAAUUAAUUAACCAAGAUCUCUUGUGAUAGUUAGUACAAAAACUAAACGAACGCAAAACUUCUCAUCUCCCUCAUUUUCUUUCCACUAUAUAAUCACUAGAUCACACAACUUGCUUAUUCAUCCCAACACACACAUAACUAAAGCAAUGUCCCCAAACACUACUUCAAAGCGUUCUCUUCUCACAUUUCUAACACUUUCGUAUCUCUUAUCGACUGUCCACAUCAUCACCGUGGCUGAGGCAAGGAACAUGCAAACCAUGACGGUAGCUGCUGAGCAUUCCGGCUCCGGAAACCUAGUUGAUUGUUGGAACGCGGCGUUAGAGCUCAAGUCUUGCACCGACGAGAUCGUCAAGUUCUUCAUGAGCCGUAACGGUACGGCUGAACCGGGUGUAACCGGUGGUAUUGAUAAAGAUUGUUGUGGAGCCAUUGGGUUGAUAGGGAAGGAGUGUUGGUCCGUUAUGUUUACUUCUCUAGGGCUUACGACUAUGGAAGGGAAUAUGCUUAGAGAGUAUUGUGAUUUUGAGGCGGAGAAGCUGGUAUUUUCACCGUCACCGUCUCCAGCGCCGGAAGCUCUGGCUUUGUCUCCGGUUGAAAUUACGUACCCGGGACUUGAUUAGAUAAUUAUAUGGUUUCUUUUCUUUCUUAUGUUUAAAGUUAAUAAAGAUUACCUUUCCGGUGUUCUUAAUAUUAGACGUUCAAAACCAUAAAAAAAACAGUACGAAAAAAUGGAAUAAUGUUUUGUAUACUUCUCUAUAUGCCAAACAUACACAACAUUUUCUAGUUUGAGUUUGAAUAAAUAAACGAAUUAAAAAGUUCAUUGAAACUCAACAGUCAACGCGAAGGAUUGAGAAGUAACGUGUGAACACAAGCUUGAUUUCUCAAUGCAACAACUAAAAAAUUGUUGAUGAUUUGCGUGUAGAGCGACAACGUUUCACUUCCACACAAACCACACUUUGGCCAUUUCUACUGGUUUUUACAUAGAACUAAUCACCAAAUUCCGUGUUUAAUUCAAGAAAUGAGUUAAACAAGAAAACGUUUAAUGUGUGAUUGUAAUGGCAAAAUGAGCUGAACAAAGAGGGUUUCAGCUACUUAGGAGCUGGGCAAAAGGAAGAAGAGAGAAAUUGAGAUAAAGCCAGAUUAAACCCCUUACUCACUUGUGAAAGCCGAGGGUUCAUCUACGCUUAUACGUACAUAUAAUGACUAUUAACAAUUAUAUAGAAUAAUGAAUAAAAAACUUACAAAAAUCUUCAACAUUGUAACAUUGUGCAAGUAAAACAGUCAUAAAUAAUUAUUCAUAAAAUGGUUUAGAUAUAAGUGCAAUCAAACGUGAAUCUUUGAUUUGAUAAGUUGGAUAAAAUUGUCGGUUUCAAAAUCAUCUAUAAUA